CUUCACACAGCUGGUGUUAGUGUCUGAUCCGUGUUGGAGUGACUGCGCGCUCAAUCUGAUGCAGCACAGCUUUCAGAUGAUCCUCUCCUGCUGGAAUCCGACCACAGCAGCACAAAAUGAAUGAUGUCCUAUUUUAAGUCUUCUCCUGUACUUCCCUACCCAGCUGAAACGUGCUUCUGUGAACACGUCAGGACUUUCCACCAAGAGGAAUACUAAGCUGCUGAAACAAGUUGAAUAUAAGAAUAUGGCAUCCAGAAAACGUUCUGGUGCUCAGCUAAUGUCAACUGGUACCCUCCACGUGAACACAUCUCAGAGACACACAAAGAAGCGCAGCAAGAAGAGAAAACACCACUGCUUGGAGUGCGGAAAGAGUUUUACUCAACUGAGUAACCUCAAAACACACCAGCGUAUUCACACAGGAGAGAAGCCGUAUCGCUGCUCAGAGUGUGGGAAGAGUUUUAAUCAGCAGAUUCAUCUCCAAAAACACCAGCUGAUUCACACACGAGAGAAGCCGUUUCACUGCUCAAAGUGUGGGAAGAGCUUUAAUCGACAGAGUAAUCUCCAACGACACCAGCACAUUCACACAGGAGAGAGGCCGUAUCACUGCUCAGAGUGUGGAAAGAGUUUUAAUCAUCAGAGUUCUCUCCAAGAACACCAGCGCAUUCACACAGGAGAGAAGCCGUAUUACUGCUCAGAGUGUGGGAAAAGUUUUACUGUACAGAAUAAUCUCAAAAAACACCAGCGCAUUCACACAGGAGAGAAGCCGUAUUACUGCUCAGAAUGUGGGAAGAGUUUUAAUCUGCAGAGUACUUUACAACAACACCAGCGCAUUCACACAGGAGAGAAGCCAUAUUACUGCUCACAGUGUAGGAAGUGUUUUACUCUACAGAGUACUCUCCGAAAACACCAGCGCAUUCACACAGGAGAGAAGCCGUAUCACUGCUCAGAGUGUGGACAGAGUUUCAGGCAUUCUAAUACUAUGAAGACACACAAAUGCACUAAGAGCACUGAUGGAAUUGGGCAGGUUAAAUAUAAGACUAUGGCGUCCAGAAGAAGUUGUACUCAGCAAAUGCCAAGUACCCUUCAUAAGAAGACAUCUCACAGACAAACACAGAAACGUAGCGAGGAGAGGAUGCACAACUGCUCAGAGCGUGAAGAGAGUUUGAAUCAUCAUAGUCAUCUCCAGUGGCACCAGCGCAUUCACACAGGAGCGAAGCCAUACCACUGCUCAGAGUGUGGAAAGAGUUUUAAGCGGCAGAGUCAUCUCCAAGAACACCAGCGCAUUCACACAGGCGAGAAGCCGUAUCACUGCUCAGAGUGUGGGCUGACUUUUAAUCGUCAGAGUUCUCUCCAACAACACCAGCGCAUUCACACAGGAGAGAAGCCGUAUCACUGCUCAGAGUGUGGGAAGAGUUUUAAUCGACAGGGUCAUCUCCAAGAACACCAGCGCAUUCAUACUGGAGAGAAACCGUUUCACUGCUUUCAGUGUGGAAAGAGUUUUACUCUACAGAAUAAUCUCAAAAUGCACCAGCGAAUUCACACAGGAGAGAAGCCGUAUCACUGCUCAGAGUGUGGAAAGAGUUUUAAUCAACACAGUCAUCUGCAAGAACACAAACGCAUUCACACGGGAGAGAAGCCGUAUUAUUGCUCAGAGUGUGGGAAGAGUUUUAAUCAACAUGGUACUCUCAAAAGACACCAGCGCAUUCACACAGGAGUGAAGCCGUAUCACUGCUCAGAGUGUGGAAAAUAUUUUAAUCAUCUGAAUGAUCUUAAAAUACACCAGCGCAUUCAUACAGGAGAGAAGCCGUAUCACUGCUUGGAGUGUGGAAAGAGUUUUAAUGUACAGAGUAACCUCCAAAAACACCGGCGCAUUCACACAAGAGAGAUGCCGUAUCACUGCUCAGAGUGUGGGAAGAGUAUCAAGCAAUCAAAGACUGUGACGACACACAAGUGCACUAAGGGCAGUGGUGGAAAUAGGCCAUGCUUGGAGUGUGGAAAGAGGUUUACUCAACGAAGUCUUCUCAAAAAACACCAGCGCACUCACGCAGGAGAGAAGCCGUAUCACUGCUCACACCGUAUCACAGAGUGUGGGAAGAGUUUUAUUGACAUGAUUUCUCUCAAAAAACACCAGUGCACUCACACAGGAGAUAAGCCGUAUCACUGCUCAGAGUGUGGGAAGAAUUUCACUGACCAGAGUAAUCUCAAAAAACACCAACGCAUUCACGCAGGAGAGAAGCCGUAUCACUGUUCAGAGUGUGGGAAGAGUUUAACUCACCUGUGUUCUCUCAAAAGACACCAGCAUAUUCACACAGGACAGAAGCUGUAUUACUGCUCAGAGUGUGGGAAGAGUUUUACUGACCUCAGUACUGUCAAACAACACCAGAGCAUUCACACAGGAGAGAAGCCGUAUCACUGCUCAGAGUGUGGGAAGAGUUUUAAUCGACAGAGUAGUCUACAUCAGCACCAGCGCAUUCACACAGGAGAGAAGCCAUAUCACUGCUCAGAGUGUGGGAAGAAUUUCACUGACCAGAGUAAUCUCAAGACACACCAGCGCAUUCACACAGGAGAGAAGCCGUAUCACUGCUCAGUCUGUGGCAAGAGUUUUAAUUUUCAGAGUUCUCUCAAAACACAUCAGAACAUUCACACAGGAGAGAAGCCGUAUCACUGCUCAGACUGUGGCAAGAGUUUUAGUUGUCAGAGUCAUCUCAAAGCACACCAGCGCAUUCACACAGGAGAGAAGCCUUUUCACUGCUCAGAGUGUGGGAAGAGUUUCAGGUAUUCCAGGACUAUGACAACACACAAGUGCAUUAAAAGACUUGAUGGAAGUGGGCAGUAAUCAGUAACCUUAACACACUCUGAGAGUAAAAGUUUGCAGGGAAUGCUGCUUCCAGCCCAGAUUUAAAAAAUACAGCUAACUGUUUUUCGAGAGGAAAUCCACCCUUUCUUGUUUCUUAUACAUGAGCAUAAAACGAAAUAAUUUAAUUCAUAAUAUUCAUGACAGUGAAAAGUUCUGAUAGGGAAAUCUCCAAAUUCAAUAUGUUUUUUUUUCUAAUUUAAUAUAUUUAAUUUAGCAUAGUCUUUCUGUUACAGUCAUGGUUGUUCUUACAAACAUUUGACAAGUGAACUUGGCUUCUCGAGUCUUUCUUUUCUUUGAUUCCUUCCCAUUAACGGGUUAAUGCUAGUUGAAAUGAAAGUGCAACUUUGUGUUCCCUUUUAAUCUGUAGGAUUCAUUUUUUUGUAUGCUGUAUGUUCGGAGUGUUCUUGUUCAGGACUUUAACAAAGAUAUGAGAUACAACGCUGAAACACAGCUGUGCUGGGCAGAACCAAACGGCUUUGUAAAGGAGACACAGGAGCUUGAAGGACUGCAGGACAUCAAGCUAUCUGAGUGACGUAUUGGUGACCGCCCUUCAGUAUGUCCUACACAUGCCAAACUACAACUUAACUUUCUAUGACUCUUUAAGGACUCAUGUUUCUACUAAUGUUUGACUGUUGCUUGGGAAUGGUGCUGUAAGAUGAAAUAAUGACUUGCUUAUGCCCAUCUCCAGUCUAUCCUACCAGACAUAGUGGCAGCUGAUGGUACAGGAGUUUGAACUGGGUGUCUCUAUCCUUAUUUCUAUCACUGUAUAACCGGGUAAAAGGUUACCAAUACCAGUAAGGUUAAAACAUAUAUCCUUGGCUCAGUAAUUGCUAUUUGUGUUGAGUGUUUGGUGCAACUUGUUACGUUUUUCAUGUAAUCAGUUUUAGAAAGUUCUUUAGAAAGUUUGUUCCUUUGAAUUAUGCGUAAACUCAUUUUCCUUUCCUUUUAGUGAUCAUGUUAUAGUGUUUCUUUUACUGUGUGUUUUGCCACUAUGUUCAGAACUCCACGUAUGUGGAGUAAUUUUACGGUGAAUUUGAGCAGAUACUCUGACAAAAAUAUUGCAUAUUCAUUAGAAAAUUAAGCAUGAAACCCCUUUUCCCUGCCUUAACUCCGCCCAGAGAAAAGUCCAUUUCAUGUACCAGAACACAAAGACAGAGAGUAGAAAGAAAAGAAGAAAACGCAACUGAAGAAGUUAAGACCUCAUACUCUGCACUUUAAAUAUGCAGAUUUAAAUUUUAUUUUCUUUUAUCAGUUUGUCCUGUCUUCUGUAAGUUGCUUUUUCAUUUAAUCAUUUGCUCAUUGUUGCAUAUUAUUCAACCUGAUGUCACUGUGCAUAUCAAGGCCCCAAGCUGAGGUGCUUCUCACCAGCACACAUGCAGCAGCAGCUCUCCUUGCCAAAUAUCAAGAGGCAGUAAAGUGACCAACCUCUGUCUAUGAUUCAGUCUUGAUCAUUUAAACCUAGGUCACUUGUUACACUGGCAUCUAUACUAAACAUUCUGUUGAUACUGCUCAAUUCCCAUAAAAUAGCUUUUUCUGAGUUUCAGCCAACUACAGUAUUUCCCUCAAGUGAAUGUCUCUACUUUCUAUGCGUACCUAUUAAUCUAUCAUUCAAUACCAUAUUUACCUUAUUAAUAUGUAGUCAAUAAAGAAGUCUUUGUUGAA